AUGCUCACCACUAUACCACCAACGCUGCACAGCCCGGGCCGCCCCCGGACGCCGGCCCAGGCUCCGCACCAGCGCCUCCUCGCCCUCUCGCCACCGCCUCCGCCGCCUGCCGCAGCCCUGCCCCGACGUGCCGGCCGUCCGCAGCUCUGCGCCGUCGCGGGCGCCACCAGCGGCCGCCCGGCGCCCCACCCGCGCCACCCCCACGCAGCCCUGGCUGCUCCGCAGGCACGACCGCCCGCCGCCUCCGCCGCCCGCCUCUGGGGGGCGCUCUCGCCGCCCUGCGGCUCCCGGGCCCUCGGCUGCCCGCCGGGGAGCCCCGCCCCUUGCCCCCUGCCCCCGCCCGGCAGCCGGGCAGCUGUCCGUCGCGUGAGCGAGGAGCCCGUGGCGGCCAGCCUCCCGUCAGGAGGUCCCGGCUGGGCUGGGCCGAGCCCGCACGCGCCAGGGCGCCAGGGCGCCAGGGCCGACGAGGAAGGGCAGGGGGUGCGGGGGGUCGGGUCGACGGCGGGCAGGACGGGCCCCCGCGGUCGCCCCGCGCCUCUGGCCGCACGGGGCCGGGCGGAGGCACGAGGGAGGAGAAGGAGGACAAGGAGGAGAAGGAGGAGAAGGAGGGCCCUGGGGGCCGGCGUACGUUUUGGGCAGCGCGGCGGCGGCGCCCGCGACCAAAAGAGGGCGUGUCUCGCCUCCCCGUCGGGGAAUCGAACCCCGGUCUCCCGCGUGACAGGCGGGGAUACUCACCACUAUACUAACGAGGACGGCGGCGGCGGCCGCCCGGGCGCCCGACCCCUCUCCGCCCGCCCGCCCGCCCGGCCUGCCUGCCUGCCCACGCCCACCCGGGCCCUCGACGUCCCGCGCGCCCCGUCCUGCCAGGCGCCCGCCACGUUGCCCCGGGCCACGGCCCACCCGGCCCGACCCCCCGGCCGCCGCGUCAGCGCGCACAGCAGUCCCCCGGCCCGACUCGGAGCGUCGCGCCCCGGACCCGCCGCCGCCCCCGCCCCAGCCGCGCGGGGAUGGCGGCGGGAGAAGACGCCCGACACGGCAAGCAGGGCUGCGCGAGCGAGCCGGAGGCCCCGCGCCGGGGAUGGGCCGCGGCGGGCGGCGGGGGCGGCGGGGGCGGCGGGGGGCCGGACGCCCGCAGCAGGGUGCGCGCCCCGGGAAGGGGGAGGGGGCGGCGGCGAGGACCGCGGCGAGGGCGGCGGCGCCAGCAGAGUCAGUCGGCGGGCCGUUGGCCUCGUCGACCGGGACGCGAGUCCCGUCCGUCCGUCCGUCCGUCCGUCCGUCGCGCACCCACACGGCCCGCCAGCCAGCUCCGGGGUCGGCGCCGGGUCCCAGCCAGGCGAGCGGCGGCGCGCCCAGUCUCCCCUGGAGGCGUGGGUUCGAAUCCCACUCCUGACACGCCCACCUUUUGGCCCGCCCAACGCGGGCUCUCCGCACCCGGGCCUGGACGACGCCCUGUCUGUCCCGCCUUACACGCCGCUGCGGGCUGCGGGCUGCGGGCUGCGGGCUGCGGGCUGGCGGCGCCCUGGCACACGUGGCCCGGGACCCACGCAGCUGCAGCGCCUCGGCCCUCCCGGCCACAGGCUUGGCGCCCCCCGCGCCCUCCCUCCCCCGCCAACUCCCGCGCCUCUCCCUCCUCCUCAUCCCACGGCAACUCGGCAAGUCGGCGGCACGGCUCUCCGGGGGCUCCGUUUGCCCUCUUCCUUCCCGCCGCCGCCCCCUGCAGGCCAGCCGCGGGCCGAAAUGCCGGCAGCCCCGCGCGGGCCGGGCCACGCUCCCACUGAGGGGCGCGCCUCGCUCGCCUCCUCGCUCUCCCAGCCCCGCCCUACACCUCCCCCCGCCCGCCCGCCGGGAGCGCGGGGUCCCCACGGCCUGUCCUUUCCGCCGGCCCCCCAUUCAUUCCGUGGUCUCCACCCCCCUCCGUCCCCGGGGCGCCCACGAGGCGUGGCCACCCGGAGGCCUCACCACGGCCACACGCCCGCCAGGCGGGCAGCCGAGCCCUCCGCGCGCCAGCCAGAGACGGGACCCCCGCCCCGUUCGCUGGGCCUGGCCCGGGGGGGCGGGGUGGGGUCCACCCCGCCGUGGUGGCUCCGGGGAGCCCUGAGCGCAAGGCAGCCCUGCCUCCCCGGGCCCCCUCCGCGCCGGAAGCCGCUGCGGGGCCGGGGCUCCAGGACGCCAGCGCGCUCCCUCACCGCGCCGCCCGCCAGCCAGCCAGCCGGCGGCCGCUCCGCCCAAGCGCACCUGCCGGCCUCACCCCCACCGCAGCCCAGCCGGCCCCGACGGAGAGCUGCGGGCAGAGCUCACACGCCUUUCUUUGGCCUCUUGGCUUGGGCGCUACUCGGCGGCCCCCAUCUCCGACGACGACACCGACGCCGACACGCACACACGCGCACCCACCUCCCCCCCCCCCCCACCCCGCGGCACCCCGGGAGCGCACACAAUCCGAGCUCCGGGCCCCAGCCGGCCCCCGCCGGCGCGCACUGCACGGGCCGGAGAGCCAUCCGCCCAUGGGCCUUCGGGGGGGCGCCGGGAGGGAAGGGAAGGUCCGCGCUGAGCUGCGCCGGCCACAGACGCCCCGCGCUGCCUGGGAAUCGGGCGCGGGUCAGGCUUGGCCAGGCUGCUCCUCCCGGCAGGACAGUGUCUGGCGGCGGCCCCGCCCCAGGGAGAGGGCGCAGGGUGAGCCGAGUCCGCCUCGGGGGCCUCGCUGGGACCGUGGGCGCCGCGCGCCGGCCCGAGCCCGAGCCCGAGCCCGAGCCCGAGCCCUCGGCGCAUCUGCACGGGCGCGGAGCCUGUCUUGCAGACCGCGGGCCCGCCGCCCGCCCCCGCGCAGCGGGUGCUCACCACUGGCCGUGCCGGGACGACGACGAGCGCCGCUGGGGAAGCCGUCUGGUGGCCGCCGCCACCGCCCUGGCCGCCACGCUCCACCCGGCUGCCCGCCCCCUGCCGCCCGACGUGGCCCAGCCCCGGGAUGCUCUCUAUGGCCACCUGGCCGCGGUCUCCUUCAAACACGGGCCACUCCCCACUGCUAAAGUCACCGCGAGCACCAGGUCCAUGCAGCCUAGCCAGCACCGGCGCCAGCACACCCAGCCUCGAGGGACAGCGCCACCGCCACGGCUGUCACCAGCACGUCGGGUCCACGAACGGCGGCGCACCAGCAUGGGCAUCACGGCCAAGGGCACGGAGGUCACCUCCCCCCCUCGCCCGGCCUCCACGACCCCCGCAGCACUUGGUCCACCACCAACCCCCAGGACCACCAUCCCCACACCAGCACCAGCACCAGCACCAGCACCAGGACUACCACCACCAUACCAGAAGCAGUUGUACCAGCAGCAGCAGCAGCAGCAGCAGCAGCAGCAGCAGCAGCGGGACGUGCCCACCGCCAGCAGGCCAGCGUAG